GGUCCUUCCCGCCGCCGACCAUGGACGACCCGGACUGCGACUCCACCUGGGAAGAUGAUGCGGAGGACGCGGAGGACGAGGACGCGGGGCACGAGGAUGCGGAGGAGCCGCUGCCCGGCGCGCUCCAGUCCAGGACACCUGGCUCCCGCAACUGGCGAGCCAUGCAGGACCUGCGCAGGUACCGGCAUCAUUACCCGGAUUUGGUGGAACAAGACUGCAACAAUGAGGACAUGCCCAAUCUGAGCUUCUACAAGAAUGAGAUCUGCUUCCUGCCCAACGGCUGCCUCAUCGAGGAGUUGCUUGAGCAGCGGCAGAGCCACUACACCUGGCUGGAAGACAACCACUCCUACAUCCAGUGGCUGUUUCCUUUGCGGGAGCCCGGGGUGAACUGGCACGCCAAGCCCCUCACGCUGCGGGAGGUGGAGGCCUUUAAAAGCUGCCCAGAAGUGAAGGAGCGGCUGGUGCGCGCCUACGAGCUCAUGCUGGACUUCUAUGGGAUCCAGCUGCAGGACCGGGCCACAGGUGCUGUGUGCCGUGCACAGCACUACCAGAAACGCUUCCAGAACCUCAACUGGCGCAGCCACAACAACCUCCGCAUCACGCGCAUCCUCAAGUCGCUGGGCGAGCUGGGCCUGGAGCACUACCAGGGACCGCUGGUGCGCUUCUUCCUGGAGGAGACGCUGGUGCGGCACGAGCUGCCUGCCGUCCGCCAGAGCGCCCUGGACUACUUCGUGUUUGCUGUGCGCUGCCCACGCCAGCGCCGCCAGCUCCUGCGCUUUGCCUGGGAGCACUUCCGGCCGCGUAACCAGUUUGUCUGGGGGCCCCCAGAGAAGCUGCGCAGGUGCCGGCCCCCCGCCAACGCCCUACAUGAAGCUGGCACCCAGGGUCAACCCGAACGGCCAGAGCCGAACAGAGAUGGGGACAGGGAGCCCCCCAGUCCCCAGGAGGACGAGGCCGAGGAGGGGGACAGUGGGCAGGACAAGACAGGCCUGGGAGAAGAGGCCAGGACAAGCGGGGAGGAACAGCUGGAGCCCCCCAGCCCCAAGGAGAGCAAAAAGAGGAAGCUGGAGGCGAGCCGGCAGGAGCAGACCCCUGAGCAGCCGGGCGGCCAGAGCACCUGUGAGGUGGAAGCCAUUGUCCUCAACCUGGAAGGCUGUGCCCUGAGCCAGGGUGGCCAGGACCCCGCUGAGGCCGGGCAGCCCUGCUCCCCACCCCCGGGAGCCAGGCUGCCAGAGGCCAGGAAGCGAAGGAAAGUUGACCAGCCCGGGUGCCUGGAGGCUGCAGAGGGCAGAGAUGAGGAGGAUGGGGCUGGCUCCGUGGGGUUGCAGCAGGGAGCCCCUGGGAACCCCGCAAUGGAGAAUGGGGCUGUGGCAGACGAGGCAGAGACUGAGUCUGCCAAACCCGGGAAGCUUUAGGGACCAGGGUGGUGUGGCCUCGGGUAUUGUCAGGCCUGCUGCAGGAAGAGGUAGGACGGCAGCAGGGGCCUGCGCCCCUUGGUGUCCCCCAGUACACUGGCCUCUCCCAGCGGUCACUGGCUGCGGGAUGGAGGCCCCACCCUCAGGGAAGGCCAAGACCUCAGGCCGCAGCUUACCUCAACCCCCCAUCUUUGAGCAUAGACCCCCAGGGCUCUGAGGGCAGGGGUGAGCCUAUUUUCUUACUCUGGUGCAGGGGGGAGGGCAGAAGGCCUUUUCUGAAUAAACUCCUUUGUCUUU